CGACCCCACCAACACCUACCGCACUCUAAACCAACAAAAAACACAGAGCGACAGAGAAGAAACUCCCUCCCGUUUCAAUGGCGCUUCGCAGGCUCUCCAGCUCCAUCAACAACAAGCUUCCCUUUCAACCUUUCGCCCAUGGCGGCUCCAUAUACCACAUGUCCUCUCUGGCCAGCCAAGCUGCUCAAGAUAAAGAGAAAGCUCGCGCCACUUGGAUUAAGCAGCUGAAUGAACCGCUUGAGGUUGUCGAUCCCGAGAUUGCCGAUAUUAUCGAGCUCGAAAAGGCUCGGCAAUGGAAGGGGCUAGAGCUUAUACCCUCAGAAAAUUUCACGUCACUUUCCGUGAUGCAAGCUGUUGGGUCUGUCAUGACCAACAAGUACAGUGAAGGGUAUCCUGGUGCUAGAUACUAUGGAGGAAAUGAAUACAUCGACAUGGCUGAGUCCCUGUGUCAGAAACGAGCAUUAGAAGCCUUCCAGUUAGAUCCUGCAAAAUGGGGAGUGAAUGUGCAGCCACUAUCUGGAUCCCCUGCAAACUUCCAAGCUUACACUGCAUUGUUGAAACCUCAUGAAAGAAUCAUGGCACUUGAUUUACCUCAUGGUGGCCAUCUUUCUCAUGGUUAUCAGACUGACACCAAAAAGAUAUCUGCUGUGUCAAUAUUUUUUGAGACAAUGCCAUACAGAUUGAAUGAGAGCACUGGCUACAUUGAUUAUGAUCAGAUGGAGAAAAGUGCCACACUUUUCAGGCCAAAGCUAAUAGUUGCUGGUGCUAGUGCUUAUGCACGCCUGUACGAUUAUGAACGUAUCCGCAAGGUCUGUGAUAAGCAGAAAGCAAUUCUGUUGGCUGAUAUGGCACACAUCAGUGGAUUGGUUGCUGCUGAUGUUAUACCAUCUCCUUUUGAGUAUGCAGAUAUUGUUACAACCACAACUCACAAGUCACUUCGUGGACCCCGUGGGGCUAUGAUCUUCUUCAGGAAGGGUGUCAAGCAUAUAAACAAGCAAGGGCAAGAAGUUAUGUAUGAUUAUGAAGACAAAAUCAAUCAGGCUGUCUUUCCUGGGCUCCAGGGUGGUCCGCACAACCACACCAUAGCUGGGCUAGCAGUUGCACUGAAGCAGGUCAAAACUCCGGAGUACAAAGCUUAUCAGGAACAAGUUCUCAGUAAUUGCUCAAAAUUUGCAGAGAGCUUGCUAGAGAAGGGCUAUGAUCUUGUUUCCGGUGGAACAGAGAACCAUUUAGUGUUGGUGAAUUUAAGAGAUAAGGGCAUUGAUGGCUCAAGAGUUGAAAAGGUUUUGGAAUCAGUACAUAUUGCGGCAAAUAAAAAUACUGUUCCUGGGGACGUGUCUGCUAUGGUCCCUGGUGGCAUACGCAUGGGUACCCCAGCUCUUACAUCUAGGGGGUUUUUGGAGGAGGAUUUUGUGAAAGUAGCUGAGUAUUUUGAUGCAGCUGUGAAGCUGGCCUUGAAGAUCAAGGCCAAUGCCAAAGGUACAAAGUUGAAGGAUUUCGUGGCAGUUCUCCAAUCAGACAGUCAAGUUCAAUCUGAGAUUACAAAGCUUCGCCAUGAGGUUGAGCAGUACGCGAAACAAUUUCCAACAGUUGGAUUCGAGAAAGAAACAAUGAGAUACAGACAAUAAAGUCAUAAUCUCACAGAUCAUUCACAGAUAAGUCAAAAGAUUUCCAAUACGAAGACCAUGUCGGACUUUCAUCAACACAACACAAUAGUAAUGGAAUUUUGUUAUAAACUACAAACUUUUCUAUUAUUAUUCACUGAAUUUUGGUGUCGACAUUUCAACUGUUGAAUGAGACGUCGUUGUAGAUGUCUCAUUAUUACGUACUCAAUAAUCGAUGCUAUUUUUCUAUUGAAUGAGAUGUCGUUGUAGAUCGAAUUCUUC